GUGAAGAUAGUCUUCAAUGGUUAUUUAAUCAUUGUUAUGGCGGUGAUUGGGGUUAUAGGAAACAUUUUAGUCAUCACUGUUGUGUACCGUCAGGGGUUGAGGGAUACACCACAAAUAUUGAUGAUGUCAUUAGCAGCAUCGGACGCCAUCUUGUCAACAGCUAUUCUAGUUAUGCAUUUUCCUUACAUUAUUUUUAAUGUCGAUUAUUAUUUUGCGACAACAUUUUUUACUUAUAUUAACAUAUACGUUGUCGAAAUUUAUAAUUUUGCUAUCGUUAUGAGUUUUUGCACAAUUCCACUCAUCUCAUUUGAACGAAUGAUUGCUGUGUAUUUUCCUUUUCACGUGUCUAGGAUUUGCACACCUUUCCGCAUAAAAUGUGUACUUUUCUCUUUAUACGUUUAUUCAUUGGCAACCACUAUAAUUUCAGUUUCAUUUUUUUACCCUCUCUGGUUACAAGACCCGUCAAGUAACAGCUCUUAUGCUGUAAUUGCUCAAACAAAUUUUGUUCAAACCAAUAUGGACGUAAUAAGUUUAUAUCAAACAAUCGUUUUAAUGUACCUACUCUCAAUUGUUCCAGUAUCUGUAACAACAAUUUGUUGUUUAAUGAUUAUUGUAAAAUUGAUAAGAAAUUCAAGGUCACGUUUGUCACAAGCCAAAAUCAAAACCAAGAACCAUCGAAACAUGCAAGUUGUAAAAAUGUUGCUGACAGCGUGUAUGUUGUCUUGUCUCUCAAGUAUUCCGACUGUUGCUGUCGAUCUAUUUAGCCAAAAUGAAUAUCUACAAGUAGGUGACAUGUCACCAAAGUAUUACAUUGUUUUGCAGACAUUAAAUCAAAUUCUUUUUCAACUAAGCCCGUCUUUAAAUUUUUUCAUCUAUUUAAUCAUGAGCUCAAAAUUUUCAGCAACAUUCAAGAAAAUUUUUUAA